UCGUAUCUAAUUUAUAAAUGGGUUUGUCAUUUUGACAUGUUUGGUUUACUUGGUCAGGUUAUAAAAAUCAUUGAAUGUACAUAAAUAACAUUAGAUGGGUUAAAUAAUUGAAGUUAUUUUAUUACAUAUUUUUGUUAUUAUGUCUUCUUCGGAUCCUAACAGGGAUAUUGAAAAAUCAAGUGAGAAUAUAACAGAAACCAGUGAAGAUGAUAAUCCAGAAAAAUAUGUUUAUGAAACUGUAUUAAACAUAAUUUUGAAAGAACUUGACGUAGUUAAAGAAGGACAAGAAGAAGAUACAAUAAUUCCUGAAGAAAUUCGGAAAAAUGUUUACCCUAAUGUUGAGAGCAAAACAAUGUUAAUACCUCUCGACAAUUCCACGGGUAUUUAUGUAAAUACCUCUUCAUUGCUAGUAAGGAAACAGGAUAAAGCAUCAGAACCUGGAAUAAUUUUUGGUACAGCUGGUAAAUCCGUUUUGAAUUUAGAUGACAAGUGUCCUCCAAUCCCGUAUUGUGAAAUGUUUGAAGAUAAAUCAUUCCAAGAAUCAAAAAUUGUGCUUUAUGCCGCCCCAAAUUAUGUAGUUCCACUUUACGACGAUACAGGUCAAAGAUUACCGCCAGCUGCUGUAGAUGGCGAUAUUACCAGAAAAAAAUUCAUCUUAAAAGUUAUCAUAAUUCUUUCAAUCCAACUCCUUUAUACAGUAAUUUUUAUUUUACCCUGCAUUUAUAUUAAACCAUUCGGGAAUUUUAUGAAAGGUACUAUUUUAUUUAUUGUCAUGUUUUCGAUGGACAUUAUUUUGUAUUUAAUUAUUCACUUUUGGGAGCUAUCUAGAAAGAAAAAACCAUAUAAUUAUAUUUUAUUGGGCACUUUUACGUUUUGCUCGGCAUAUCCUUUAGGAUAUUUCCACGCUGAAUUCGAUUCUGCCAUAUUAUUAUUAGUUACUAUAUUUGGAACUAUAACGUUACUACUUGUACUUGGCCUCCUAUCAUUUCUAAAUGUUUGUCAUUUAUCCCCUCGCUCGUAUGUGGUAAUUAACGUACUUCUUAUUCUUAUAUUCAUAUUGUUCGUUAUCAUCUUAAUUGGUUUAUGGACAACCCGAAAUAUUUUUUUAACGUACAUAUUUUUAUGCAUAUAUCUACCUAUAGAAAGUUUUUUCAUUCUGCAUCUCUUUCAGUUAUUGUUGGGAAGAGCAGGAAGUCAUGUUAUGAAAACUGAUGAACAUGUUUUAACCUCUGUUAUGUUCUAUAUUCAUAUUAAUACCAUACUUAUUAUUUCAGUAGUAUUAAUGGAAGGGCCAUAUUAUAAACAUGCAAUAUAGAAUUUACCAAAAUUGUCUUAAUUAUAACACUUUUAUAAUAAUAUUAGCAGAGACGUAUU